UUGGGGUUUCCAUUUUGUUGCAAAGCAAGAUCCCCUCUCCUUCCAAAUGCUCCAUCAUCUUAACUACCACUUCUUCUUCCCAAAACCAAAGACAAACACAAACCCGUUUCAAUUUUGAAUGACCCAUUAUUCGUAUUUGUAUCCCGGUUUCUUUAUCCAUCGACGACGACAAUUCUCCGAUCUGCACAAGCAAAAACAAUGGGGAGAGGGCGAGUUGAGCUGAAGAGAAUAGAGAACAAAAUAAACCGCCAAGUGACGUUUUCGAAGCGCCGAAACGGGCUGCUCAAAAAGGCCUAUGAACUCUCAGUUCUCUGCGACGCUGAGGUCGCUCUCAUCAUCUUCUCCAGCCGUGGGAAGCUCUAUGAAUUUGGCAGCGCUGGUACGACCAAAACAUUGGAGCGAUAUCAACGUUGUUGCUUCUCUCCACAGGACAACCAUAUUGAGCGACAAACCCAGAGUUGGUUCCAAGAGAUCUCGAAACUGAAAGUUAAAUAUGAAUCUCUAUGUCGAACCCAACGGCAUUUGCUUGGGGAAGAUCUUGGACCAUUGAGUGUAAAGGAGCUCCAAAACCUUGAAAAGCAACUUGAAGCAGCCCUUGCCCAAGCUAGACAAAGGAAGACUCAGAUGAUGAUUGAACAGAUGGAAGCUCUGCGCAGAAAGGAGCGGCAACUUGGGGACCUCAACAAAGAGCUAAGGCUCAAGCUUGAGGCAGAGGGACAGAAUCUUAAAGCCAUCCAAAGUUUCUGGAGCUCUAGCUCUGCAGCUGCUGGACAUGGCAACGACUUCCCAUUGCAUCAUUCUCAAGCCAGCCCUAUCGAGUGCCAACACGAACAACCCGUCUUACAAAUCGG